AUGUCAUCUUCAUCUCAAAAGAAAAUAUGUUCCAUCCACAAAUUGGAAAUAACUACAAUCGAUCUUAGCAAAUCAAUUAUGAAUCAAAAUAAAUAUUUGUGUACAAAAUGUCUAAUAUAGAAAAUAUCAACCAAGAACAUGGUUUUAGUUAAUGAAGCAGAAGAAAUGAUAAAAGAAAUGGAGAACACGUAAAAAAGCAUAAAACACUAAGAAGUACUACAAAGAGUAGAAAAUUACCGAUUAAUUCAAUAACUGUUAAGAAAAUGUUAGGAAUAGUUUUUAACAGUCAUAGAACAAAUCAUACUAAAUUUAGAAGAUAAAAUACAAUCAAUAAAUGAGGAAUUACAAUAAUUUUCAUCUAAGCAGAAUGAAUAAAAUUUUGAAGACAAAAUUGACCUUCUAUCAUAAAAUUAUUAAGGGAAUCAUUUUUAUAAAGCUGCAUAGUAAUUCAAGCUCAUAGAAUACGAAAACUAAUUUUUUAAUACUAUUAAAUCACAAUUAUUGUCUUUCAAUAAUAAUCAAUCGUAUACUCAACUUAUGAAUUCGUUAUCCGAAACGAUAAUUGAUGAAAAAAUCAAAGAUGAAGCUGUUUAAAAAAUCCAAUCCAUCUAAACAGUUGAAAAUGAUGUAAAUUUCUUUCAAAAUUAAUCAUAGUAAACUCCUAGUUUAAAUAUAAAAUGUAAUAAACAUGGAAAAAAGAUUAUUUUACUCAAUUUAGAUACUAAUUAAACCUCUCAUUCUAGGAAAGUUUGUAUUGAUUGUAUUUGUGAGAACGAUCCGAUCUAUUAUACCUCUUUACACGAGGCUGAGAAAAGAUGGAAAGAAUACCAAGUAUAAACUUAGAUUUCAAUCAAAGAAUAUAUUAAUCAUAAAAAAUUUUAAUAAUAACAAAUACUUAUAAUACUUGAUGAUAUUAAAGAUAAAUAUACAACUUAUUUGCAUGAAUAAAUUAAUAAGUUGAAAAGUUUGGAAUCUAAAUUAAAUAAACUGGAAAAUGAUAAUAUUAUGGAAGACUCCAUAUAUGAUUUAGACGAGGAUUAAAUUGAUGAAAUUGUUAGAACUUUAAGCUAAAUUGACCUCGAUACAGUUUUAGUUGAAUAGUAGAAUAACUAAUAAGUUUAAGAUUAGAUACUUUAUUAAACUAUUGCUAAGGAUAUUUAUAAACAUAUUCAUUAUGAUUUGUAGGCUUCUAAAGCUAUAGUCAAUAUUUCAAAAUCUGAUUCUUCCUAAUAGCAAUCAUGUAUUAAUUAUUAAUUAUCCUAGAUUACAAACCCCCAGAAGCCAUAAUAAAUAACUAAACAUAUUCAAAGGACUAAGAAGAAGAAUUAUUUACAGAUGAAGAUUUUUCUGAUUUUGAUGAAUACAUUUGCAAAAUUCAAACCCAACUCUGCAUAAUUGAAAAAAAUCGAUUAAAUUGAAAAAGAAUUAAAAUCGAAACAAUUAGAAUUAGAAUAAAUUUAAUUUGAAAAAAAAACUGCUGAUCAAAAUCAAAAAUAAAAAUUGAUGGAAUUGAAAAAGAUUAGCGAUGGCUAUGCUGAAGAAAUUGUAAAUCUGAAAAUACAAAAAUAAGAAAUCUAAGAAAAUUUAAAUUAAAAUAAGAGUAAAAGUAUAAUUAUCAAAAUUAAAUUUAUUAGCAGAUUCAAAAAUACAAAUACUAGAAUAAUAAUUAAAAGAAUUAAAAGAAAAAAUAGAAGAAGGUGAAAGAAGUAAAAUUGAAAAUUUCUAAAAAUUUCUACAAUAUUCAAAUAUAUAUAAAAGUAAUAAUUGCUCAAUUAGUGAUGGUGGAAAAAUUGCAGAAUGUGGUUCUAAUCCUGGUUUUUGCAUUUGCGAACAGAUGAUACCGAAAUUUGGAAUAACUAAGUUUGCAUUUUAAGUGAUUGAAAAGUCAGGUUGGUUAUUUUUUGGUAUCGGAAUAAGAGAAAUNAUCAUUUUUAUAAAGCUGCAUAGUAAUUCAAGCUCAUAGAAUACGAAAACUAAUUUUUUAAUACUAUUAAAUCACAAUUAUUGUCUUUCAAUAAUAAUCAAUCGUAUACUCAACUUAUGAAUUCGUUAUCCGAAACGAUAAUUGAUGAAAAAAUCAAAGAUGAAGCUGUUUAAAAAAUCCAAUCCAUCUAAACAGUUGAAAAUGAUGUAAAUUUCUUUCAAAAUUAAUCAUAGUAAACUCCUAGUUUAAAUAUAAAAUGUAAUAAACAUGGAAAAAAGAUUAUUUUACUCAAUUUAGAUACUAAUUAAACCUCUCAUUCUAGGAAAGUUUGUAUUGAUUGUAUUUGUGAGAACGAUCCGAUCUAUUAUACCUCUUUACACGAGGCUGAGAAAAGAUGGAAAGAAUACCAAGUAUAAACUUAGAUUUCAAUCAAAGAAUAUAUUAAUCAUAAAAAAUUUUAAUAAUAACAAAUACUUAUAAUACUUGAUGAUAUUAAAGAUAAAUAUACAACUUAUUUGCAUGAAUAAAUUAAUAAGUUGAAAAGUUUGGAAUCUAAAUUAAAUAAACUGGAAAAUGAUAAUAUUAUGGAAGACUCCAUAUAUGAUUUAGACGAGGAUUAAAUUGAUGAAAUUGUUAGAACUUUAAGCUAAAUUGACCUCGAUACAGUUUUAGUUGAAUAGUAGAAUAACUAAUAAGUUUAAGAUUAGAUACUUUAUUAAACUAUUGCUAAGGAUAUUUAUAAACAUAUUCAUUAUGAUUUGUAGGCUUCUAAAGCUAUAGUCAAUAUUUCAAAAUCUGAUUCUUCCUAAUAGCAAUCAUGUAUUAAUUAUUAAUUAUCCUAGAUUACAAACCCCCAGAAGCCAUAAUAAAUAACUAAACAUAUUCAAAGGACUAAGAAGAAGAAUUAUUUACAGAUGAAGAUUUUUCUGAUUUUGAUGAAUACAUUUGCAAAAUUCAAACCCAACUCUGCAUAAUUGAAAAAAAUCGAUUAAAUUGA